CUGGGUUUGAAGAUCCCUGGCUCCGAGCGGCGCGUGGGGAAAGGCGGCGGUCAUCGAAGCUGUGGGCGCGUUUUCCUAGAAGCCUCCAGCGCUCCGCCACCUGUCUGGAGUCUGCCCCCGUCUCGGGCAUCUCCUCUCCUGAGUUUCCUCCUCAUAGGCUUGUCCCUGGGAGUGUGGGCGGCCGCAUUCCUGAGCACCGAAACUCUCACCCCCCUCCCCCCGCUAGCCUUCCUCCUCCUGCACACCAGCCUUUCUUUUCUGCCUCAGUCACUUCCUUCCUCAGCUUCUUCCUCCCCAGUGUGUUGAAGAAGAUAACCAGCCCGCGCCGACGCAGCCCCAGUUUUCUCGGAAAAGAAAAGGAGGCGGAGAGGCCACUCCUCCCCAGUGACGAAAACUUCUGUGGCUUCCUCCUUUGUGUUCCCUUAAUGCCUUGGACCCACCACUAAAAGAGUGCUUUCUUGUCACAUUGCUAUUCAUUCCAGGCCUCUCUCUGCUUCUGGAUGGCAGCAAUGAAUGUGGAUCACGAAGUUAACCUCUUAGUGGAGGAAAUUCAUCGUCUGGGUUCAAAAAAUGCUGAUGGAAAAUUAAGUGUGAAAUUUGGGGUCCUCUUCCGAGAUGACAAAUGUGCCAAUCUCUUUGAAGCACUGGUAGGAACUCUCAAAGCUGCAAAAAGAAGGAAGAUGAUUACGUACCCAGGAGAGCUACUUUUGCAAGGUGUUCAUGAUGAUGUUGACAUUAUAUUGCUGCAAGAUUAAUGUGGCUUGCAUAGCUUUGUUUAUUGUGUUUUUUUUGUUUGUUUCUGGUAAACUGGAAUAUUACAUCAAAGGACAAACAAAUUAGCAUACUUAAUGUAUUUUUAUAGAACUUUAUAAACAAAAGGAGACUCAUUUUAGAAGCCUGUCCUUUUUUAUAUCUUGAAAGCAAAUUUAUGUAUUACACUGUAAAAUAAACAAAACCUAUUAUUUUUCUCAGGAAUCUGGCUGGAAAAUGUAGACAAUGAGGCUUUUUUGGUGGGGAUGCAAGAGUGUUUGUUUCAUAAAUCAUUCUUAGAUAAUUUCUACAGAUAUUUGACAUUCUAUGAAAUCAAGAAGCAAACUUGAAGACCAGCUCCCACAAUGAAUGUAAUGUUUAUGUAAUAAAAACAUGUAACUCUCUUAAAA